ACCCGGCUGGGACCCGGGGAGCCCCAGAGCCUGGCGCCACCGCCCCUCACAGACCCAACAGGAGCCGGACCAUGUCACCGUAGAUGCGGGCGGCAGCACAAGCCCUGAGCCCCGACUCCCGGCCAGAGACGCGACAUCAGACCAGAAAGCAUGUGGCGGCCGCUCCAGGCUCCUCGGUGCCCGGGGCGGGGAAGGAGGGCGACAGGAAGGGCCCCCCCUCCAUCCUGAGACGAAGCUCGCCGCCCGAGGGCCGAGGCCGCAGGGCGGAGCCACAGAGGCGUGUGCGGUUCCACGAGCCCUUGGAGGUGGACGUCCACUACAUCGCCAGCAGGGAGCACGUGCCCACCGCCAAGGCGCCCCGCCGGCCCCGGCCCCGGCCCCGCGGCGGCUCCCUGCUCCUGCGGCUGGGCCUGUGCGCGCUGCUGGUGCUGCUGCUGGGCCUGUGCUGCGGCCGGACCAAGCCCCUGGCGCUGGCCCUGCAGGACCUGCGGGCCCGGCUGCUCGCCCUCGCCCUGCGCCUGCGGCAGGCGCUCCUCACCGGCUGGCACUGCCUCCUGCAGCUCUGA